AUAAAAGUAGGAAAUUUUUUCAUAAGUUUUACUAAGUUGCCAAGAAGCAUUCCAAAAGGAGAGCUUUCCUCUUUGAAAUUUUGUAUUCCACAUGGCAAAAGAAGGGAAAAUUUCAAGAUCAUAUACAGAAGCGUCACCUGCUCACUAUACAUUGAAGAUUGAGUCAUUCUCCCAAUUGUCUGAAGCUCUGAAAAAGACUGGAGUUGAUAAGUAUGAGUCUGGAGUUUUUGACGUUGGCGGUUACAAAUGGAAAUUAUUGAUGUAUCCAUAUGGAAAUACGAAAAAAAAUGGUGAUGGUCACAUCUCUCUCUACUUGGCAAUGGUUGAAACAGAUGCAGUUCUUAAGGGGACUCAGGUUGAUGUCACCCUUAAAUUGUCUGUUUAUGAUCACAUUCGAGAACAGUACCUGAGUAUUGAAGAUGGUAAAGUAAAGCGUUACCAUUCCUUAAAAACUGAACAUGGUUUUGACCAAUUACUCCCUCUCGCAACUUUCAAUGACUCGUCUAAUGGAUAUCUUGUUGAUGAUUGCUGUGUCUUUGGGGUUGCGGUUCAUGUUCUUAAAUUUGCUGCGAGUAAAAGGGAGAAAUUUAAGAUUAUAGAAGAACCUGAAAACGGUACUUACACUUGGUACAUUUACAACUUCUCAAAAUUAGAACCUAAAGAAAAUAUCUCCAGAGUGUUUACUGUAGCAGGGUAUAACUGGAAUCUAUCUCUCUAUCCGAAAGGAGUGUUAACUGAAUGGGGCAGAAGUCUGUCGCUAUAUCUAAAACUAGAUCCCGGCAGUAUUGGAUCACCUCAAAAGCAAGUAUAUGUAGAAUGUAAGCUAUUGGCAAGAGAUCGGUGGUAUGGGAAACAUCAUGAACGUACAGUUCAGAAAUGGUUCAGUGAGUCGAAAAGUUUAUGGGGUUUUGCAAGUUUCAUGCUGUUGAGUGAUCUCAAUAAUCGUUCAACAGGAUUUCUAGUGAAUGAUACUUUGGUUGUUGAAGCAAAAAUUACCAAAGUCUCUGUUGCUGAAGCUCAGAUCUCCUGAAACUACAAAUAAUAGAUUAAUUAAAUAUGAUUUAUAUAAAGGUUGUUGGAAUUUAUCAGUGUACUGAACUAUAUGUAUUUCAAUUAUUUUAAUGUUACUGGCAUUUUUAAAUGUAUUUUGGAUAUUAUUAUUUUAUUUUUGUUUCUCA